GGAGCGGCGGAGGCUGCGCUCGGGUUUAAUGCUCCGCACCAUUAACGCCCUGACGGGCCGGGUUUAAUGCAUGUUUUGAGCCCUGGCUGCUCAACGCUUUAGUGGCUGAUUUCUGUUCGCGGUUAAAUCGCCGUGGUUUGGUGUCAGUGGGAGCCCUUUACAGGACGUGCUCCCCCGGUGCGAUCGGUGCCCGCUGAUAUGGGGAAUCUCUGCCGUGCACCGGCUCGGUCCCGGUGCCCCAGAGCCGUGCCUGCUGCAGGAAUUGCCCCUCGCUCCCGCUUCCCUUUGCCCUUCACCCGCCUGGCACCAGACUGACCCCGCAGGAUAUGGCAUUGUCAAUGUGGGCUGCGUUAUUCCUUCCCCAAGGCUGGAUGUGCAGGCUCUCCAGAGUGUUUUAAACGGAGUAAUUGGAAGAACAAUAAGGAGGAAAAAUAUUUACACUGCUUUGUGGUGUUGUAAUUCAGACUGGGUUUUGCUUUGUUACCUAGCACAGAGCUGGAUCUCCUUAGUGACUUUUGCUCAUUCUCUUGCCUCUUUUUCCAUGGUGUAUUUUUUCCUUGAGAUAUCAGUCAUUCCUUUGUUUUAUGGCUGUUAUUAUUGAGGACUUGUAGAUAUUUCUAAUCUGCAGAUUUUCAGUUGGCUAAACUGUGUCAGGUGACAAUGUCAUUUGGUUUCUUUCCUGUUUCAUACAGAAAAAGGCCUUUAAUUCAGUUUUUCCCAGAGCAGGAAGGCUGGCACAAGAGAGCAGCAUAGGAGCUUUAGCCGUGAGAGUGCUCUUGGGCAUAUUCAUUUACCUAUUCUGAACUCCAGUGUGUGAUUUUCAGAGAAUAAGAGGGACCCAUCUGGGGAGGAGCUGUGAACUGUGGUUUUUGCUUGCACUUGGCCAAUGUUUCACUCCACAAAUAUUGGCUUAGCUUCCCCCUCUGCACACAGGGAGUGAUGGCUGUGCCCAUUCUGUGAUGCCAUCUGUCUGCUUCCCAGGUGUGGCAUAAAGCAAAUGUCGUGUGCUCUUUGGAGAUCACAGCAGGAAUUUCUGGUUUUAUUCCCAGAGAAAGAACAAUGCCUGAGUUAUUGUUGGGAAACAUUUGGCUGGAGGGCUGUAAACUUUUAAAGAGAGGAGGAUUUGGUUCAUUUAUUUAUGUAUAUAUACAGGUAGCUUAGAGGUACAGAUUUAUAACCCUAUUCUUUAUAUUGAGAUGGUAAUAAAAAAGAGGCAGAAGUUAGAUCCUGGCAGCUUGUUGGGUGUGAUAUAGGUAGAAUGGCAGCAGGAUGUUUUUUCAGGUGCAGGGGCGACAUGGAAAAUGAGUUAUUCAGGAAAAAAAGAUAAAGAAAUGAAAGAGUACUUGAGUGCAUAUUGGGAGUGUAGCGGUGUAGUAAAUAUAAAUAUACUAUAGUCCAAAAAAGCUUGAAUCUUUGGAGAUUGUAAUGGAAAGCCAACAGAAGAAUUCAGCUCUUCCAUAAGCUUAAGAGUUGUGGGCAAGGAAAUUCCCCUUGGCUUUAUUUUGGGAUGUAGGCCAGAGAAUACAAAGGCUUGAAAAUACACACAAUGAAGGACAAUAAAGAAAUGGAAUAAUUUGGGGUUUUUUUGGUCACUUCUCACAGUAGGUUGUAUCAUUUGAGUCUGUUUGUGUGAUUUCAUUCAUUUUUCAGCUUUUAAAUUUGGUGGUGCUUAGUGCAGCCAGGAAAUACUUGUUUCUUCAUUCCCCAAAAAACCUAAAGGACUGACUGGGGUUUCUCACCCUUGCCUGGAUUAGUCCACAGCUGCUGGGUCUGUGCUGACACAAAGUGUGAUUUUAAUUCCCAUAAAAUCAACAUGUCCUAUAAAAUGGGAAUACUUAUUGCAGUUCUUGGAGUCUGCUUCAGCUCUUCACUUGUGCAAGCAGAUUCUAAGGCUGUGACAACAUCUCUGACUACAAAGUGGUCUUCAACUCCUUUGCUCCUUGAGACAAGUGAAUUUUUAUCAGAAGAAGGUCAAGAAAAGUUCUGGAACUUUGUUGAAGCUAGUGAGAAUAUUAAGACAGCUGAGCAUGAUGGUAGUGAUUAUUCUUCUUACCAGGAAAUGCUCAAAGUGGCCUGCCAGACUCUGUCACCUUUGCAGCAGAAUUUGUUGAAAUUUUCUCUGUCUUUACGCUCCUACUCUGCAGCAGUUCAAGCUUUUCAACAGAUAGCAGCAGAUGAAUCUCCACCAGAGGGCUGUACCCUGUUUUUUGUUGUGCAUGGGGAGAAAACUUGUGAAUUUGACUCUCUUGGAAACCUUUUACAGGCAGCUUCAGACAGGCCAAAGCCAUUUUUGUUCAAGGGGGACCACAAGUACCCAGCAGCAAACCCUGAAAGCCCUGUGGUCAUCCUUUAUGCAGAGAUUGGCUCAGAGGAGUUCUACAGCCAGCACAGGAGGCUUGUUGCAAAGGCUGAGGCAGGAGAAAUCACUUAUGUGCUCAGACACUACAUUGCUAAUCCCAGCAAGGAGAAGGUCUACCUCUCUGGCUAUGGUGUAGAACUGGCAAUUAAAAGUACAGAAUAUAAGGCCAAGGAUGAUACCCAGGUGAAAGGCACAGAUGUGAAUGCUACAGUCAUAGAUGAAAAUGAUCCUAUUGAUGAAGUGCAAGGAUUUCUGUUUGGAAAACUAAGGCAGCUGUAUCCUGACUUGUCAGAAGAGCUGAAAGAGCUCAGAAAACACCUCGUGGAAAGUACCAAUGAAAUGGCACCUCUGAAAGUGUGGCAGCUCCAAGAUCUGAGUUUUCAAACUGCUGCUCGCAUUUUGACUGCUCCUCCUGUGGAUGCCCUGAUGGUCAUGAAAGAUCUGAGUCAGAACUUUCCUACAAAGGCCAGAGCCAUAACAAAAACAGUUGUUUCUUCGGAACUCAGAGCAGAAAUUGAAGAGAACCAGAAGUAUUUCAAGGGAACGUUAGGAUUGCAACCAGGAGAUUCUGCCCUGUUCAUCAAUGGACUGCUUAUUGAUUUAGACACUCAGGAUAUAUUUAGCUUGAUUGAUGUGCUCCGCAAUGAAGCCCGAGUUAUGGAAGGCCUGCACAGCUUGGGAAUUGAGGGAGUUUCCUUACACAAUGUCCUGAAGUUGAACAUCCAGCCAUCAGAUUCUGACUAUGCUGUGGACAUCAGAAGCCCUGCCAUUUCAUGGAUCAACAAUCUGGAAGUUGAUAGUCGAUACAAUUCCUGGCCUUCCAGUGUGCAGGAACUGCUGCGUCCCACAUUUCCUGGUGUCAUCAGGCAAAUCAGGAAAAACUUCCAUAAUUUUGUGCUGAUAGUGGAUCCUACCCAUGAGACCACAGCAGAGUUACUGAAUGUGGCAGAAAUGUUCUUCAGUAACCACAUCCCACUGAGGAUAGGACUAGUCUUUGUGGUUAAUGACUCAGAGGAUGUUGAUGGACUGCAGGAUCCUGGUGUUGCCCUCCUGAGGACAUACAAUUAUGUGGCACAAGAAAUGGACAAUAAUUAUGCUUUUCAGACUGUCAUGUCUAUCUAUAACAAAGUGAAAACAGGAGACCAGCUGAAAGUGGAACAUGUUGUCAGUGUUCUUGAGAAACAGUAUCCUUAUGUGGAAAUCAACAGCGUGCUGGGAAUUGAUUCUGCCUAUGAUCAAAACAGAAAGGCAGCAAGAGCUUACUAUGAGCAAACUGGUGUGGGCCCCCUCCCUGUUGUCCUGUUCAAUGGGAUGCCUUUCCAAAAAGAUCAGCUGGAUCCUGAUGACCUGGAAACUGUGACAAUGCACAAAAUCCUGGAAACCACGAGCAUCUUCCAGCGAGCCGUGUACCUGGGUGAACUAUCUAAUGACCAAGAUGUGGUUGAGUAUAUCAUGAACCAGCCUAAUGUUGUUCCAAGAAUUAACUCAAGAAUCCUAAGGUCUGACAGAGAGUACCUAGAUCUGACAGGAAUGAAUAACCAUUUUGUGGACGACUUUGCUCGAUUUACCACACUGGAGUCUAAAGAUAAGACAGCUGCUGUUGCAAACAGCAUGACCUACUUAACAAAGAAAGGAAUGUCUUCCAAGGAGAUCUAUGAUGAUUCCUUUGUUAGACCAGUUACUUUUUGGAUUGUUGGUGAUUUUGAUAAACCUUCAGGGAGGCAGUUGUUGUAUGAUGCCAUUAAACAUCAGAAAUCCAGCAACAACAUUCGAAUCAGCAUGAUUAAUAAUCCCAGUGAAGAACCCAACAGCCAGAAUACCAUUGUAGCCAAAGCCAUAUGGGCAGCUUUGCAGACACAAACCUCAAAUAAUGCCAAGAACUUCAUCACCAAGAUGGCAAAAGAAGAAACUGUGAAGGCACUGGAGGCAGGAGCUGACAUCUUGGAAUUUGCUGUUGGGGGUAUGGAUACCAAUAUUUUCAAAGAAGCCUUUGAAUCUCCCAAGGUGGAUUUUAUUCUGUCCCAUGCUGUUUACUGCAGAGAUGUUCUGAAGCUGAAGAAGGGGCAGAGGGCUGUGAUCAGCAACGGACGGAUUAUUGGCCCAUUAGAGGAUGGAGAGAUGUUCAACCAGGAUGAUUUUCAUCUCCUUGAAAAUAUAAUCCUAAAGACAUCGGGACAGAAAAUCAAAUCUCAGAUUCAGCAGCUGGGAUUUGAAGAAGAUCUGGCAAGUGACUUGGUAAUGAAAGUGGAUGCUCUUCUUUCUGCUCAGCCAAAAGGAGAGGCAAGGAUUGAAUAUCAGUUUUUUGAAGAACGAUACAGUGCAGUUAAACUGAGACCAAAAGAGGGGGAGACAUACUUUGAUGUUGUGGCUAUUGUUGAUCCUGUGACCAGAGAUGCUCAAAGACUUGCUCCAUUACUUUUGGUUUUGAACCAACUGAUAAAUAUGAACCUGAGAGUGUUUAUGAACUGCCAGUCUAAGCUUUCUGACAUGCCACUGAAAAGCUUUUACCGCUAUGUUUUGGAGCCAGAGAUUUCUUUCACAGCAGAGAAUAACUUUGCUCCAGGACCAAUUGCCAAGUUUUUGGAUAUGCCCCAAUCUCCACUGUUCACUCUGAAUUUAAACACUCCUGAGAGUUGGAUGGUGGAGUCUGUUAGAACCCCCUAUGACCUUGACAAUAUCUUCUUAGAGGAGGUGGAGAGUGUUGUAGCUGCAGAGUAUGAGCUGGAGUACCUGCUGCUGGAGGGCCACUGCUAUGACAUUACAACUGGGCAGCCACCUCGGGGACUGCAGUUCACCCUGGGCACCUCCAGCAGCCCUGUCAUCGUGGACACCAUUGUCAUGGCCAACCUGGGCUACUUCCAGUUAAAAGCCAAUCCUGGUGCAUGGACUCUAAGACUGAGAAAAGGCAGAUCUGAAGAUAUUUACAGGAUCUACAGCCACGAUGGCACGGACUCUCCACCUGAAGCUAAUGAAGUUAUUGUUGUUCUCAAUAACUUCAAGAGCAAAAUUAUUAAAGUGAAGGUGCAGAAAAAGUUUGAUAUGAUGAAUGAAGAUCUGCUAAGUGAUGGCACCAAUGAGAAUGAAUCUGGAUUUUGGGAAUCUCUGAAAUGGGGAUUCACAGGAGGACAGAAGAAUGAAGAUGUGAAACAGGAUAAAGAUGAUGUACUAAAUAUAUUCUCUGUGGCUUCAGGACACCUGUAUGAGAGAUUCCUACGCAUAAUGAUGUUGUCUGUGCUGAAACACACCAAGACUCCCUUAAAGUUUUGGUUUCUGAAGAACUACUUAUCCCCUACAUUCAAGGAGUUCAUCCCAUACAUGGCCAAGAAGUACAAUUUCCAGUAUGAGCUUGUGCAGUAUAAAUGGCCACGCUGGCUGCACCAACAGACAGAGAAGCAGCGAAUCAUCUGGGGUUACAAGAUCCUCUUUCUAGAUGUGCUCUUCCCAUUAGCUGUUGAUAAAAUCCUCUUUGUGGAUGCUGAUCAGAUUGUGCGCACAGACCUGAAGGAAUUGAGGGAUUUUAAUUUGGAUGGUGCUCCUUAUGGAUACACCCCCUUCUGUGACAGCCGAAGGGAGAUGGAUGGAUACAGGUUCUGGAAAUCAGGAUACUGGGCAAGUCAUUUAGCUGGAAGAAAAUACCACAUCAGUGCUCUGUAUGUUGUGGAUCUGAAGAAGUUCAGGAAGAUAGCAGCUGGAGAUCGACUCAGAGGACAGUAUCAGGGUCUGAGUCAGGAUCCAAACAGUCUGUCCAACCUUGAUCAGGAUUUGCCAAACAACAUGAUCCACCAAGUACCAAUCAAGUCCCUGCCCCAGGAGUGGCUGUGGUGUGAAACAUGGUGUGAUGAUUCCUCAAAGAAGAGAGCAAAAACCAUUGAUCUGUGUAACAACCCAAUGACCAAAGAGCCCAAGCUGCAGGCAGCCAUGAGGAUAGUUCCAGAGUGGCAGGACUAUGAUCAAGAAAUCAAACUGCUCCAGAGUAAUUUCCAGAAGGAGAAGGAAAUGGGAACACCAGCUGAGAUGCCAGGACAACACACACAUGAUCCAGAGGCACAUGUGGAAUUAUGAUCCAUGGAGACAAAUUCAAGUUAGACUCUUUCAUAGACAAUUUUUAUAUUGGAAGCUAGUUUUUUUCCGGUGUGUCUGCAAAACUGCUGAAUAAUUGAAUGGGAUGAUGUAUGCAUUUCUAUUCCUUGCCUUUGGGUUAAUUUCUGCAUAUGAAAUAGGAUCUGGAUUGCUGGAAUUAGCAUUACUGGUGUUUUUUGCACCUGUGGUGGAGAUGAAAGACCCCAUGAUGGAAUUUAGUGUUUCAGAAACAAAACUUCACAAUCCACCAGAAGAGCCACAGCCUGUUCCUUCAGCUGUUGCUGCCUCCACCACUGCUGAAGCUCCAGUUUAGCCUCAGAUCUAACUUGAGAGUCUGGGAAUUGCAGACAUACAUCCUAACCUCAUCUGAUGGACAUAAUUUUUUCCAGGUAACAUUAUAAAGCUCAAAAUUAUGCCUUGAAUUUGGGAUGCUGUUUCAUCUUCAGGUUUUCAAACAAUUGAAAAUACUUCUUGGAUUAGUUCAGUCUGCCCUUGAUUUUGUAACAAAAUCAGCAUUAUUUUGAAUUUCUAUUUUCUGUCUUCAUUUAUUGCCCAACUUUUGAUGUUUUGGCUUAAUGUAAAGCUCUACCACAAUCUCUCUAAAUGCCCAUCCAAAUGAAAAUGCCUAAGCUCACAAAGUGAGCAGAACACAGAAUUUGGCAGCUGAGUUCAUCCUAGCCUCUAUGACUUGAAUCAAAGUGCCCUCCCUCCCUUCCUCCUCCUUCAAGUGUAAAUCAGUCUGCAAAACUGGCAGAGCCUUACUCUUGCUGUGGUUCACUGAUUCAUGAAUGUUUUUUUUGCUUAUGAAAAAUCUGUGGAACUUGGAAGUUUAUCAUCAUGUAAAUUUCAUUAACUUUAUUUUUCUUCAAACAGAGAUGUUGUCACAUCAAUAAAAACUUCAGAGUUCUUAGGUCUUAAGCCUUAGUUCCCACUUUGAUCAUCCUUUUUCCUUGCACACAUUACAGUCCUCAUUUGAUUUUGGGGUUUCUGGAUAUUUCACUUGUGUUUGCUUUCAUUCUGUGCAUAGACAAGGAGGUCUCUUCUUGCAAGGAUUAAUUACCCUGGGCUGUUUUAUCAUUCAUGUUCAUGUCUUCAUUUUGAAAGAUGCUGCUGCUGCCAUAGUUCUGUGCUAUGAACAUACCAAUUAAAGAAAACCCUCAAACCCAGUUUCCCCCAUUCUGUAGGGUUAAUAGUCUGCUCCCUGUAACUCUGAAGAGUUGAAAUGUAAAAACUAAAAGGAGACUUCUAGUACAAAAUAUAGAUACCUCUGCAGCUUGAGAAAUCCAAACUUUUUUGGUUUUUGUGACUCCCUUGUUUUCAUACAUUUAUCAAUGUUUUGUGCUGUAAGACCUUCAACCCAAUAAUCAUAUCUCAGUAUAAGAAUAAUGAAAUAUUCUUCUGGAAUUGCUGUGUUAUAAAUGCUAUCAUGUUUUGGAGGAAUAUGAAAGAAGACAUCAGCAGUAUUUAAACUGUUCAAUAGUGUGAUUUAAGAGAAAAAGCAGCUCUUCUCCAGCCAGCUGAAGGAAGGGCUCAAACUCCUAAAAAAAGCACAUUAAGAGCAACUUACAGAGUUUAUCAGCUUAAGUAUUUCCCACUUUGUGGGGUUUUAAAUUCAGAUAGUCUGUCUGGUGUCUCUGGAAAUGACAGGUGAGGUGCCUUAUGCUUCCCAUCAAAACUGCUCCACUUAAGGAUAAGCAGACUUACAAUAGCAGGACUUCUUUCUAGUGUAAAAAACAAUACAACUUUUAACAAAUUAAUUACAUGUAAUGCCAAUUAGCCUCUUUUAAAGAGCUAAGACAGCACAGGUAAGGUUGUCCUUUCUGUGUUCUGCUCCAAAUGACUUCAGCCUUUCUGGAGCACAUGGAGUGGCACAGGGGCUGUACACCACUUAUUCCUUCUGGAGAUGGAUGGAGCAAGAAUGUGCUCAAGCCCUCAGAACAGGAGGAGCUUUCUGUGAAACAAGGCCCUUUCCUCUCUAGAACUGUAUCUGGCUUCUUUUUUCCCCCCCAAAUUAUAUUAGGAGCCACAAGACUGAGAAGAAAACCACCUCUUCAAUUUAGCACAUUUACAAGGCUUUGUUGGAUAAGAAAAUACUUCUAAAUUAAAUGUCAGUUACAAUUGUUUUUUUUUUAAAUAUGCUGCUUCAUUCUGAUAGUUAAUGUAUGUACUUGAACACCCACACUGCAUCCUAUUCUUUUUUAAUGGUAAGAUCUCUCUGGCUAUGGAGGGUAAUUUUGUUGUCUCCAGUUAACAAACACCAUGCUCUUCAUUUUUUUUAUGAAGAAAUGAAAGUAAUCAAACACACAAUUGAUACAGAAAGAAAAAUAGAAGUCAUCUAACUCACAAUUGAUACAGAAAGAAACCAGAAGCAUACUGUGAGAUUCUACACCUUUGCAGUACUUUUAAGGUGUUCUCAAGUACAGUAUAAAAUGCACGUGGGUAUUGAUCAUUCUGAAUGUCAACUAUUUCCCAUUUUUCCUGAGAAGCUGCUAUUUAUUUCCACCCAAAAAUGACAAUCAAAAAGAGAAUAAUCACUUCUUUUGGAUCUGUGCAUUGUUUGCUCUUAGAUGCUCAAUGGGGCCUUGAAAGACAAAUAGUUUGUCACCCUCAUGUAGAAAGCAUCUUGUAGAGAGAUGAAAUUAAUCUAUUAAUGAAAUAGAGCAGCUACUGCUCACAUCACUGAUGGCCUGGUCCUGGGACUAGCAGAGUGAUGAUAAUUAGAAAAUGGAGAUUGCAGAGGUCACAGUGGGGUUUUGCAUCCCUCAGAGUAGAAAAGCCAUGUCUGGGGUAAGGUGAUGACAUUGUUCCAUCUCUGGCUACAAAGCAGCUUGACCUCUUGGUGAGGAGUUCACACUUGAGAAAUGCCCUCUACUUUUAUUUCAAAAGGAACUUUUCACUGCCUUACUAAAAAGCAAAUAGCAAAGAAACAAAAGGUCAGGAUUUCUCUUUCCUUUAGCUAUAUGGAGUUAUAAAGAAAAUGAAAGAGACAUGUAAAAGCAGUAAAUACCCAGUAACAGUCUUAGGAAUCAGAACAUGGUUAAAUUAUGACCUGGUUUUACCCAAAUCUUCUGUAACCUGUUCAAGAAUAUUCCAUAACUCUGUGUGGCAAGUGAUCCAAGGUGUGGGGAGCUCUCUUUACGGACUGGCACUGAGAUCACAGUCAGCUUCCCUAAGAACAAGAUCCAACACAAUAAAACCUCUGCUGUUCUUUACCCUUGUCUCUCCUGUCAAUUGCUUUGGGGCACAUAACUGAGGUUUUAAUAGUGUUCCUUGGAGUACAAUUUUCACUUAUUGCAUGCAGGUGUUGGGAUGCUGUUGAAAAGCUAGAAGGGAAAAAGAGGAAAGGGUUCCUCUUCCAUCCAGUCUUGUUAAUAAUGGUAUUUGGGUAACCCCCAAACUUCUGUUAAACAAUAGGAAUAUAUUAUAGAAAUCUGCCUUUUAGGUCUUUUUUUUUUUUUUUUUGGAACUCUACCUACUGCUCCUAUAAAAGAAUGUUUCUAUGUCAGCUUUUUGUCAUUUCUUCAUUUGAUUUGGUUUUACACUGAUACUCCACAGUAAGCACUGGGAAAGUGAUCCUCCUGAAAUACUUCCAAGUACAGAGAUGUGUCUGAAGUUCGUUCAGAGUUGGGAAUGAAUUCCAAACUCCUAUGGGACUCUCAAGGCCUCUUUUCCAGAGCAUCUUUAUUAAUCAAAGAGCUAUAAAAUGGACAGCUUGACACAGGAAGCCCAGCUGAAUGCUACAGAGACUGCACUUGACUGUUUGAACUUGCUCAGGUUUGGGAAAUGAGACCAAAUCCCAGGAGACAACUAAAUGAGGAAAAGGAAGCAGCCAGAAAGAAUAAAUACACAUCAUAUGCCUAUGACCUCAACAGGAUUUUGCACUCCUCCCCUUUUGCUUUUUGAAGUACCUAUUGAAGCAUGUAACUGUAUAUACUUAAUGCUGAAGAACUGAUCACCCUCCACCCCAAAAGAGCUGCAUAAAUGAGAAAAAUUCUGAUGGGGGAGUGGGGAGAGGGGAUGCAAAAAGUAGUUUUGAAUCCUUUUUUUAAAUAAAAUUUUUAAAAAUUGUA